AUGAGACUAUAUCUUUUACUGGCCGUGGCAUUGAUAGCCAUUGGCUUGUCCGUCGUUGAUAGUGCCUCCUCGGACGAAGAUUCAACUUCAUCCGUUAGUGGAUCUGGUUCUGAUACUGACACUGGCUCUGGAUCUGGAUCUGGAUCUGGAUCUGGUUCAGGCGAUGGCACGGAAACCGAGACUACUGUUGCGCCGACAACCACCACAACCACCACGAAAGCCCCAGCCGUCCACCACAGAAGGACCCAUCGACGUAGACGUCGCCUCCUCCGAAACCGCCGCAGGCGCGCAGAAAGGAGGCGCCGAAGGGGUUAA